AUGGAACGAUGUCAGUGGAACGAUGAACCUUACAAACUAUACGAACGCACAGAUACUGACAAUGAACAAGGGGAUCGGAAAGCUACAAACCUCAACAACUAAACUAAUACACCUUAUUAACCUCGACCAAAUCCAAACCGCUUUAGAUAUUUUACAUGAACAUACGGAAAAUAGCCUUAAACGCAGUCCAUUAUACGCUACCCUUCACCAUGAGAUAAACACAACUACUCACAUAUUCGGAACAAUCACAGCCUUUCCCAAAACUCGAAAAACUAGGUCCUUAAAUUGGCUAGGGUCAGGAUGAAAGUACAUAGCGGGUAGCCCAGAUCAUGAUGACCUGGUUAUGAUAGGGCAGAACUUAGAUAAACUUAUUGACAAUAAUAACCAACAGGUCAUUAUUAACAAACAGUUAGAAGGAAGAAUAAAUAAACUAACUUCAGUAUCUAAUGCUCUCAGCAAUUCUAUUCAAAAAAGCAGUUCAGUAAGUAUCGAGACGGCCAUUCAAUGGGCACGAUUAAACGUAGUUAACACACUUGUAUUAAAUGAAGCUAGUUCAGGGACAGAAAGCGCUGUGUAGUUUUAGCAAUGCCGACCAUGUACCCAAAAUAGAAGAAGUCGACGAUGGAAUCAUCCUACUAAACGACUACGAUGGAAACGCAACAUGGAACAACACAGAACUUCACCUAGAGGGCACCUAUCUGGUUCAACUAUCAAAUGACUCGAUAAUUAUCGACAACCAGCAGUUCAGCAACUUGGAACCUACAGUCUCGACCCCCGGAGCACCUCUUGUGCAGUUUACGGCCGAAGAAAAAGAAAGACUUAAGGUUCUAUCUCUUGAAGCAUUGCACAUAAACAACACUGAACAAUCUUCGACUGAGGCACAGUACCAGCUACCUCAGUUCAACGACAUUCCAUACUUUUAGAGACAGCUUGAGGACAAGCAUAAAUUGGAGGGGGAAGAGUUAACAACAAAAAUGUUUAAAUCCAGAACAAUGAACCCCAAUAAGCAAGCUUCAAUCUGCAAGCUCAGCGUCUGCAUAAUUUCCUGCACACGCCGAGCUGCCAAGUAGAGUUCGAAGAAUCUGAUUGGUAACAACUUCCGCUCCCACCAAUGCAAGUGAUUCCAAGAAGACUGCACUGAUUUGACCAGCAAAACAUCAGCCGAUGUCGUGGCCUAUUGGAAAGCUACGGAGCCGACGCCGAUCCUCUGCCACCAAGGGCAGCGCAGCUCACAGCCAAAGACUCACAGCUUGCUAGGGACAUCUUAGGGUAAUUUAGUUGCAAAUUGGAUUUAUACAAAUAAAGUCGUUCUUAACUGAA